AUGGAGCCGUUUUAUCAAGUAGCCUCUUCAUCAUAUCCACAACCGCCACAAUGUUAUCAGUUGUCACUACCUCCACCUGCCCACCAAUUUCAAGACAUGUCCAAAGUACCAAACCUACCUGUGCAAUGCCCUUCUUGUCAUCUCAUUCUGAACCAAAUUUUAUUAAAGGACACUCUUCUCGCCCAAUACCAAAAUGUUUCUACCAUGAAAGACAACCUUAUCAUGACGCAAAGGGAAUUGAUUUAUAACUUGAUGAAAUUUGCUGGCUGUGAUCUCAAAGAAGACGCCAAUAUUUAUUCGGUGACCGAGGGGUCUGCUCGCAAAGAAGUGGAUUUCGUGAAAUCUAUCAAUCGAAUGAUUUGCGGCAGCAGUUGGCAAGGUCAAAAUCGAAGGAGGUUUCAAAAUAGAACCAGAUCUCAUUUCAACAGAACCGGAAUUAAUAGAGCUUUCAUUGGUGGUCUGCCUUUUGAGAUCGAUGAAGAAAAAUUGCGUGAGUGUGUUGAAGAAAAGUUUGGAAAGGUUUUAUGGAUUGAAGUUGUUCGUGAAAGGAAAUGUGCGUUUGUUGAAUUCUCUGAAAAAUCUUGCUACGACAACGCGAUAAAUCAACGUAUCUUUACUUUUGACGGAAUGCAACUAAGGAUCUUGCGGUGGAGGCUAAGUCCAUUUUUUCCUCAUUCUCUUUCACAUAAAGUCUUAUAUAUGCCAAUAUUAAAUUCCGAGACUUUAGAAAGGCAUAUGGAAGAUGGAAAGUUGGAUGUCCUUGAAAGUUUAGUGUUGGUAGCAAUGUUUUACGGGAAUUCUUUUUAA